AUGUAUGACGAGAAAGACUUACUGAGAGACGGUGUUAUUCUGAGUACGCUUGAUAACCUCCCCGACAAAAAGAAACAAUUGUGGAAUCGAGAUUCUGGCUUUACAAAGGGACUACCGGCGAAAGACUAUACAUAUCCGUUUCGAGCGUUCACCACUGAGCAUUCAUUUUCCAUACGCUUCAACGCUACACAAUCUGGACAAAUCAGUCGAUUCAAUUCAGAGUUCAUAUUGAUCUACUUUCAUGCACCAGACGAACUUCCGCUUGUCAAUCCACAUGCUGUAUCCACCAUCAUUUCAGCUGAAAAACAUAACUCCAUCAAAUUAACGCCAAAAUUGGUCGUCCGACAGUGCUAUUACGGCCACGAACGACAUUUAAAAUAUUACAAAACCUACACCCAAAGCCAUUGCGAAUCGGAAUGUCUCGCCGAUUAUACUCUCGACCAAUGUGGAUGCGUUCCUUAUUUUAUGCCACUGUUCAAAGAUAACGCUACACAUGCUCCAAUUGACGAUUGCAAUUGCCUUCAAACAUGCACUCAGUUGUCAUAUGCAAUUGAAGUGGUCGAAGCUAAGGCCCGGCGUUUUUAUGAAAGUUACGUCCUCAUUGGAAACCAACAUCCAUUUUUUACGAAAAAUAUCCGCACUGAGUUGCAUAGUCUGAGUGAAUUCUUUUGUAAUUGCGGCGGCUCGCUCGGAUUGUUCCUUGGAGUGUCGAUCUUAAGCAUAGUGGAAUUGCUUUAUUUCUGUACGAUUCGUUUGUAUUUGCAGAGUAAAAAACGUACCGCAGAUUCCACUGAAUAGAUCAGAAGACAUCCGUUCUACCAAUAACCUGAAACCCUAACAAGAAGGCUAUUCGCACAAAGUGCGAUUAGUCUUUAUUUGACUAUUCGCACUUUUCCAACUGACCGAUAUUUUUCCCGUAUGUCAUACCGUUCUACUCAGAAAACUCUAAGACUUUGCGAAAGACCAACACUCUGUAAUAUGACGAAAAAAA